AUGUACCGGUGGGUGAGAAUCGCUAUCGUGGGGAAAUAUACAGAUCUCUCAGAUGCCUAUCUCUCUGUCUUGAAGGCCCUCUUCCAUGCUUCUGUGGUUAUCCGGAAAAAGCUUGUAGUUGAUAUGGUUCCAUCUUGUGAUCUCGAAAAUACCACCAAGAAAGAGGAUUCACGCGCAUAUGAGGCUGCUUGGAAGUUACUUAAGGACGCAAAUGGAGUUCUUCUCCCUGGAGGGUUUGGUGAUAGGGGAAUGGAGGGGAUGAUUCUUGCAGCAAAAUACUCCCGAGAAAACAAUAUCCCUUUCCUCGGUAUCUGUCUUGGAAUGCAGAUCGCUGUCAUCGAGUUUGCACGCUCAGUUCUCUGCUUGCCUGAUGCAAAUAGCACAGAGUUUGAAUCUGAAACCAAACAUCCAUGUAUCAUAUUCAUGCCUGAGGGCUCCACGACUCAUAUGGGAGGCACAAUGCGAUUAGGCUCGAGGAGAGCCUAUUUUCAUGUCAAGGACAGCAAAUCUGCAAGACUAUAUGAGAACAAAGACUUUGUCGAUGAGAGGCAUCGCCAUAGAUACGAGGUAUGGUGA